CGCUGUCAUGUGAGAUGUGCAAACACCUGGCUGCAGCUUUCACGUACCCUCUGCUCUUCCAGCUCCAUCUGUUUACAUUAGUAUUUUCUUGCUGAUCUACAAGCCUGCGCUCCGCAGAAUAAACCGUUUCUCUGAAUUAAUAAUGUUUUUCUCGCCAAGAGAUCUUCAAGGGAACCGCUUGCCGAGUCCGUCCUAGAAAAGACUUAUAAUGUCCGGUGUGGAGGAAAAGUUCUCGCUCGGGGAAGUUCUGGUCAGCUUCAAGUCCUGCUUGGUUGAUGAUGACCAAGAUGUUCUGCUAGAACACUACCUCAAUGGUUGGAAAGGGUUAGUGAGGUUUAUGAACACCCUCGGAUCAAUUUUUUCCUUUGUAUCAAAGGACGCUGUGAACAAAAUCCAGAUAAUGGAAAACUACUUGAAGGGGGAAACCGGCGAGCGUUACCGGUCCCUCCAGUCCAUGGUCGAAUACGAGUUAAGCAGUAACCUUGUAGAUUUAACCAAACGCUCCAGCCACCCGGAUUCCGGCUGUCGCACGAUACUGCGCCUCCACCGUGCGCUGCGCUGGCUGCAGCUCUUUCUAGAAAAGUUAAGAACAAGCAGCGAAGACAGCAAGACUUCCACUCUAUGUUCAGAGGCGUACAAUGACUCUCUGGCCCACUUCCAUCCCUGGAUCAUACGCAAGACUGCUUCUGUGGCUUUCCUCGCCCUUCCAGUGCGUAAUACUUUCUUCGAAGUGAUGAACGUGGGGACACCAGAAGAAGUCGUGGGUAUGCUGGGGGAAGCUCUCCCCUUUGUCUCCAAAGUAUAUGACUUUACACAGGAGCUCUACUCCCAGCACAAUCUGCUAGAUCUACCUUAAAGGGCGGUCGGCGACUAACCAUGAAAAGGAUGGGUUCAUGUAACAUAUGUACCUUUCUCCAUGAAGUAUUAUCGGUUCUGUGCAGCUGAUGCCUCAGACGCUUAUGAAUGACACUAUUCAAUUUUAGACUCUCACAUAUAUCUCUUGAAAUCUACGUAUUUAUGGGGGGGGGGUAGUUCACAGUCGGAUCCACCCAAUUAGUUAUUGUAGCAGCCAUGUUAGGUUGAAUCAUGACCAACAAUUCGCUUUUUAUGUGGCUUUUAAUGUUUUUAAAGUAAAAAGUAUGCAUGUUUGGGCCCCUGGCUUCUACCUGCAUGUUUCAGGGGUUAAUGUCUGGCUUCAUUGUCCUAGACCUGGUCCUUUGGGUAUUAACCAGUGUCUGUCAAACCUUUGUUCAUUUAAGAGCAACCACUUAUUAUGUGAAGAGAAAUAAAGUCUGUAUUACA